AUGUAUUCAAUUAAAUAUAUUAUUAUUUAUUUUAUUCUUGGUUUUCAUAAUUUAUCAGCUAAUCAAAAUGAUUUUAAUCCAUAUGAAAUUCUUGGUUUAUCACGAACAGCAUCAGAUAAAGAAAUUCGACAAUCAUAUAAAAGAUUAGCUAAAUAUUGGCAUCCAGAUAAAAAUUCUGAAUCAAAUGCACAUGAUCAAUUUACAAAAAUUAAUGCUGCUUAUGAAAUUUUAUCUGAUUCAAAAAAACGACAACAAUAUGAUGAAUAUGGUACAACAUCAGAUGAUAAUCAUCAUGGUUUUAAUACUUAUCAUUUUCGAGAUCCAUUUGAUAUGUUUCGAGCACAUUUUUUUCAUGAAACAUCAUCCAGUGCAAAGAAAAUUAUUCAUUCACAUGAAUUUCUUAAUAAUAUUUUACCCAAUAGUGAUAAAAAACCUUAUUUAAUCUUUGGUAGUACUAAUUUUUGUUUUCAUUGUCGAAAACCAUUAGAAAUUUUUCGUUCAAUAGAAAAACAAUUUAAUGAUGUUGGUAUUGGUACUGCUGAAUUUAAUAUAAAUGAUGAACGUUUAAGUAGUCAAUUAGGAAUAUUAAAUAUUCCAUCAUUAUGUGUUAUAAGUCAAGGUCGUGUUUAUCAUUUUGAUAUGGAUUAUACUGAAGCAAAUAUAAAAGAAUUUGUACGAAAAUCAAUACCAAUAAAACGAUUUAUUCAAAUAUUACGAAAUUAUGAUGAUAUAUUAACAAUGAUUAAAUCAUAUAAUCAAUCAAAUCGAGUACAUGCUUUAUUAAUAACAAAACAAAAAAUACCAACACUUAAAUUUGUUAUACCAUGUUUACAAUAUUCAACAAGAAUACAAUGUGCUCUAUUUAAUUCAUCUCUAAUAAAAACUACAUCAAUACCAUCAUUUCUUAAACAAAUUUCUAUAAUAUCAGAUACUGUUUUAUUAUUUAAAGAAGAUAUUAAUAAACCUGAAUUUGUAAUUAAAGAUAAUGAUUUUACUUUUGAUAAUCUACAAAAAUUAUUUGAAUCCAAUCAACUUUUACAUUUAUCUACAAUUACAAGUGCAAAUGUAUUUAAUCUUAUUUGUCAAAUAAAUUCUGCUAAACCUUGUUUUUUAAUAAUCGGUGAUCGAAAUUUAUUUGCUCAAUAUCAUUUAUCAUUUUUACAACUUUCUAAACAAUUAUUUGACGAAUAUAAAUCUCGUAUGGCAUAUCUUGAUUCAUCAUCUGUACAACAAGUACAAUUUCAUGAAAUCGUUUCAUCCUAUUACCAUACAAAUGAGAAAAAAUUACUUAUUCUUGUUGCUCGUCGAUUAUUUUCUGAUACAAUUGAAAUACAAAAUACAAAUAUUGAAUUUGAUGAAAAAUCUUUAAAUGAAAUUCAACGUAAUAUAAUUCAUAUAGAAGAAAAUUUAAAAUUAUUUAUUAAUAAUCGUUGGCAAUUUACUAAAAAAUAUAAAUUACCAAUAAUAAUUAAUUUUGAUGAAAGAAAACAAGAUAUUUUCACAAGAAUAAUCGAUCAAUUUGAAUAUAAAUGGAAUUAUUGGAUUGAACGAAAUCGAUUACUUCGAUAUUUAUCGGGAUAUCUUUAUACAUAUCAAUUUUGGAUGUUUACUAUAUUAAUCUUUGUUUAUAUGUAUUAUUCACGAUCAGAAUCGGAUAAUAGAAAUCAUAAUUUAAAACAAUCUAGUAAAAUUAAUCAAAUAAAAAUCUGUGAAUUUAAUGAAGCUUUACUUCAACAAUAUACAAAUCCGGGUGCAUCAAAUGUUAUUAUAUUAGUUCUUAUUGCAGAUACACCAGAAGAUUUAUGUGUUAAAGAUUUUAUUCGAGAAAUUAAUUUAAUUAAAGAUUCUCAUAUGAUUUUUUCUAUUCUUUAUCGUCAACAAUCAAUGAAAUGGCUUAAUGAACUUUCAAAAAAAAUUCAAAAUCAACAAUCAAUAAAAUUUUUUUCAUCAAAUGUUCUUGCUUUGUAUAUAAGACGAAAAUUUUUUGUUUCUUAUGAAUCAAUAUCUAAUAAUAAUGAACAAUCAAAUCAAACAUUAACAUUUUUAGAUUGGAUUGAUCUUUUAUUUAAUGGAAAUUUUCGAGAGCCAAUUACUAUAACAGAAUGGCCAAUGAAGUUUAAUUAA